GUAAGUACGAACCUGCACUCGACAGCAAGAUACCAUAGCCACUGAUUUCCUAAUAGCAAACUGCUUGGAUUUAUUCUAGGUGAGGGGGCUGCUGUUCUGCCAUUGCUAGUCAGCGCUGUGCUGUGUUUGGGGUGCACCAUGCUGCACGCAGCUCCCCUGGCAGAGUUCUCCGGGGAUCAGGAUUUCCAGCAAUUCCUGCAGAAGGACCUGGAAUACAUCCGCAAAAUCAAAGGGGACGUCGCCCAGGUGCAGGAGCUUGUGUGCACGACCCUCCAGCUCUGCAACGAGGAGGAGCUGAUGCUUGUCAAGCAGAAACUGGGCAUUUCCCAGGCCCCGCUGGAUCAGUGUCACAGCAAGACCUUCCACGUGGAUGCCUGCUUCAGCCAGAUCCGGGACGGGCUCCAAAUCUACCACGGCCACCUCGCCCUCCUCCUCCAGCUCCUGCCGGCUCACUCCAGCCUAGUGGAUGCCCUCCAGCUGGACGUCUCGAACCUGUCCACUAACAUCCAGCAGCAGAUGGAGGAUCUGAGUGGUCUGAACACGGUGACGUACCCCAAGGCCGAGGGCCAGGACACCCUCCCCAGCCUCUCGUCCGACUUCGACAAACAAGCCGGCGGAUUCAUCAUCCUCGCCAACUUCAAGCGCUUCCUGGAGACGUCCUUGCGGGCCCUCCGCCACCUCACGCUGGAGUGAAGGGGCGCGGGGGUUGGCGCCUGAGGAGUCCCAUGCCUUGGGGAGGGGCUCCGGACUUUGAGAUCUAAGGGGGAGUUUUACGGGGGAGGUCUCCCAGCCGGAGAUUCUCCCUUAUUCCCCCCACCACCUCCACUCUGCAAAGCAACAACCAAGGCUCUUAACUAUUGGACUGAGGCAUCAGCAGCAGCUGCCCCCUCCCUCGGGGUCAAUGGCAAACCCUGCCCCAAACCCGUUUACUAUUCCCCGGGGUUUGAGGCUGGGCAUGGUUCUCUUUUAGGGUGACCAGAUAGCAAGUUUGAAAAAAUCAGGACAGGGGUGGGGGUAAUAGGUGCCCCAAAUACUGGCCCUGUCCCUACAAAAUCAGGAUAUCUGGUCACCCUGUGCUAUUUAAAGGUUAUUUAUUUCUCAUUUGUGAGCUUCACCGCUGGUUGGUGCAUCCACACACGCAGCCCCAAUGCAAACCCUGCCCGGCUUAUUUAAUAUUUAUCACUAUUUAAUAUAUUUAUAGGGGUGUGGAAGCUGUUGGCAGACGUAUUUAAGUGCAACUGGUCUAUGGUAUGUUUUUAAAGUCCAACUCCAUUCCCUUUAUAACGACCCACGGGCAUCAUCACUGAAUGUCGUGCAGCGUCAGCAAAUCCGGGAGCAGGGCCUGGGCUGCUGGUUGUGCAUUUUGACAUGUGCGUGCAAUGGAGUUACUGUUUAAUAUUUAAACAAACGAGCGUCUCCGGUACCAGGGGGUUGGCAGCCAAAGGCUCCUGGCCCAGCUCCCCGUGGGAUCUGGGGGAGUAGGAGGGCACAGCAGGCUCCUGCAUUAGCAAAGUCCUUGGCUGGGGCACUGCUUAUGCCUAGCCCUUCUCAUUGAAUGACAGGGAGGUGUUCCUCCAGGGCAGAUUGGCAGAGGCCCUGGAGGUUUUUCGCCUUCCUCUGCAGCAUGGGACACAGGUCACUUGCUGGAGGAUUCUCUGCACCUUGAGGUCUUUAAACCACGAUUUGAGGACUUCAAUAACUCAGACAUAGGUUAGGGGUUUGUUCCAGGAGUGGGUGGGUGAGAUUCUGUGGCCUGUGUUGUGCAGGUCAGACUAGAUGAUCAUAAUGGUCCCUUCUGACCUUAACGUCUAUGAGUUUCUGAGGUUUCCAGCUCACCCUUUCUUAUAUUAUUUUUAUAUAUUUAUAUUUUUCAAAUGCACAAUCCACUGUUCCUCCUCGUUCACCCAUGAGAUUUACAUUCAUGUCAAACUGAUUUUAUUUAUUAUAAUUUAACUUAAUGAUUUACAUCUUCGUUCUUACUCUUAACUGUCAUCGCUCCUUUCAUUUCAAAUUAGUUUUUGCCGAGAAUGGCUCAAACCUGAAUCCUACCAGACUCUGCCUGGCUCUAAUUCCAGCUACUCUGAAUCCAACCAGUGUGAACUGAGCUGCAGGGAUUGGCGUUGCCCAUAUGCUUCAAAGCGGUCACCGACAGACCGCUCCCAUGCAUUUCGAUAUGAAUCACAUUGUACUAGAUUAGCGGAGACUGUGCAAUUCUACUUCCCCAGAUGAAGAAUGUCCAUUCUUGAAUGGUUGGAGUUUAAUUAAAAAAAACAAAUGCAAGAUCUUCAUUGACAAGUUCUGGAGUUUUGCCUCUUAACUUGGCAAAAUGCCCAGCAGCGUGGGCUAUUUUGUAAUUGUCUUGAACUGGUUUAUAUUUCAAUGUGUUGUAUUUAUUACUGUGUCUGGGCUUGGCUCAGACCAAAUCGGUUUAUAUUUUUAUUUAAAACAAAGAAUUAAAAAUAUUUUGGUACUUUCUAAAACAUGGAUGUUUGGCUGAAUGUAUCGGGAGGCGCGGUCUUUCGCGCUAACACUUUUAACCAGAAAUAAACCAGUCCCUUAUCUAGGAUGAUAGCAGAGAGACCCCCACGCAGUUAGUUCAUAGUUCUCUUUACUUGUUCAUGCCAGCCCACAGGUCCAUCCAGCCCAGCCAUGGAGAAUUAAUCUAAUAUUAAACGCAAACUGCACCUGAGCUUAACCAAAGCAAGAGACGCAAGGCCUGUUCGAAGGUCAGAGCCCUUUAACCCUUCAGCCCAUUACAGAGCCAGAUAGGGAUUUUCAAAGGGGACUAAGGAGUUGGUGUCAGCCCCCAGUGGGAUUUUGGCACCGAAUAUCUUCAGCUCCUUCGAAAAAGUUCAUACCCAAAGCUUCAGGGAGAGCAGGAGCUCCAGCCCACCUGGAAGGCAAUUCAAGAGCUCAAGGACCCUAGGGAGAUAAGUCAUCUCAGGAGCAGGGAGGGGAAAGCUGUCACCAGACCAAGGAGCACUUGAAAGGGAGAAGAAUCUUCCUCACGUCCUCUGCAGUACCCCAAAUCCUUGUCCCCCUCCUGAACACCCCUGCGCUUGGGGCAUCUGCUCAGACGAGGGCUCUCUAUAUCUGGAGCCCUGUCCAGACACCGAACAAAACCAUCCCAACCCUAGAAAGCUGACAAUCUAAGUACAAGACAAGAGAUGGAGACAGAAAGGGGAGUGCAAGGAACCAGGGAGACCAUGCUGGUCAGCAUGGCAGGUAGGGAGAUUAGUCACAGCAGCCUCGCCCAGUGUUUGUAGACCUGGAGGCCUCGGAGAGUUUUGCGGGGGGGAUUUGAAGGUGGAUAUCGAUCGGGAGCCCUGCCCAAGUGCCAGGGGCAGCAGGGAAGAAAGCACACGGAUGCUAGUUUGAAAAGAUAACAAGUGGGUGACAGAGGCUGACCGGAGGGGACAGUCGAUAGCUGGAUGGCGAAUGAGACGAGGGGAGGGGGGAGGCUGUGAAGGGCUUUGACUGAAGACAAGCAGCGAUUGUUUGAUGCAAUGGAGAAGGGGAAGCCGGCGUGGGAUGCAAAGAGAGGGGAGACAAGGGCAAAGCAACGGGAGAGGAGAACGAUGGCCGCCGCAGCACGCGGACUGGAUACGAGUGGGGCCAGACCCGGUGUGCCUAGGGCAGCCCGCACCGGAAAUGCCACGGUCAGGGCAGGCUGCAAAAGGGAGAGCAGAUCCUCCCAAGACUGGUGGGUACCACUGAAGUUAAACUCCCCAACCACUCACACACUGUGCUUCUGAUCCCCCGCACUGGUUAUCACACAGUCCCCUUAUUGCAUUCCAGUUCUCUGGCUCCCAAUCAGCACCUAGGCC